ACCGCGGGAAAUCUGACGUCUACUGCUGCACUCUUUUGAUAUUUUUACAGACAGAUUUUUAAAGUUAUUGUUGCUAUUGUUGGCUGUAGAUACACCUAUCUUCAACAUGGCAAGUGGAGGGGAUGAGAUUAGUGAGGAAUUUAGCGAUGAUGAGGUGGAGAUGACUGCUGCAGAUGUGCUGCAGAAAAUAGAAGAGGCCUGGCUGAAUGAGAAGUUUUCUCCCGAUCUUUUAGAGAGUAAAUCUGAACUGAUCGAUUGUAUGCUGGAACAGACUCAAGAAAUGGAGAGUAACGUCAGUAAAUGCAAGAAAGGCGAUUUUAGAAUCAUUGUUCAUAAAAUGGAGAUUGACAGGAUUAGGUAUAUUUUAAGCAGCUACCUGAGGAUACGAUUGCAAAAGAUAGAGCAGUUUUAUCACACAAUUUUGAAGAGAGAAGCGGAAAGGAAGGAUGAGGAAGCUGCCAGGUUAUCACCGGAAGAGUUCGCCUUUGCAAAAGAAUUUGCAGAGAACUCAGAAACACACUACAAAAAUGUUGCUUUGAGACAUAUGCCGGCAAAUCUGCAAAUAUUACAACAAGAUAAGACAGCGCCAAAGCCCAACCUUAACAGCUAUGUCUUUUUAAGAGCAAAUCAGAAGCAGGAACAAGUUCUUAUUGAGCCAGAGUUGGAAGACGACCAAAACGCUGAGGUCAUUGACCUUGAGGAAGGAGCCCAGUACAUAAUGAGGUAUCAGCCAAUCACAUCACUCAUCACGGAUGGAGCAGUCUCAUUAAUCUGAAAGUACAUGCUGUCUCAUCAUCAUCAAUGUUAGGCAAAGACUUGCGUCCGUGUGUGCCUUAUCCAUCGAUUGUUAUGUGGGCAAACUCCUGGAGUCGACGCCAUCACCCGUUUUUCUUUUGAUUGAUGCUCUUCUCAGCUCUCCUACGCUUCAACCACUCCAAUUUGCUACAUUGUCUACCUCGAUUUAUACCUGUAGACAUACGUUCUAUAGUUGCAGCGGGUAGGCCUCCAUCUCUCACCACAUGAGCACACCACUUUGCCAUCUGCUCCAACACCUCGUAGGUCCCAAUUUCAUAGAGCUGCUUAAGCAGAAAAUGUUGCUUAACGAUUCCUUGCUAAGCAGAAAUGAGCAGGAUACCAGUCACAAAUUGUACAUGUGAAAUGGUAAUUUGGCUGAUAAUAUUAAUCUGGUAAACACAAUAUUGAUGUGCUUAGCUAAAUGCGGCCCUGGAGGUGAAACCGAAUCUGGAGUUAAAUACUGAAACUUGUUUAUCUUGUCACACUAUAAUGUGAAGCACUUUAGAAACAAGCCUUGGGUUCUGUGUACCUCAUUUUAUUGAUGCAGAUCAUUCUCAACUCUUACCAUGAGCUACCCCCAUCCUGAAUCCUUGUUGUUUUUCCUCAAAUCAUACAUGUGGAUAUGGGCAUAUCUACCUUUUUAAACAAGGGACUUUUUUAUUGAAGGGAAUAAUAUGUCCCUGAUUAGCAAAUUAGUCCUUGUUCGGGCCUCAAAUUUACCCACAGCAUGGCCUGUGCUUUUGCUAUGGUGUCUUUUGCAAGGUCCCAAUACAAAUUUACAUCGUAGAAGUGCCCCUUCCCAGAGGGAAAUUGUUGUGCCCCUUUAAGAGCAAAGUUCAAGACCUGCUCGUUGCUGUUUUGUGAAGAUCAAAUAAGCACCUUUGAUACUUGACAUGUUUUUCUGGACAAAUAAUUUCCUAAGAAAUUCUGGAAAACUUUGAAGAUAUUUCUUAAUUGGAAACCAUGUGAUUAGUAAGGGUGGUUCUUGGUUCUACAAUUAUAUAAAAAACUCCACACAAAAGUCAGCAAAACUGGAAAUAACAGAAAGGAAGAACAGCAAAGCCUGGAUUAACACUAUAUUCCAAAUUACUUGAUGGGUUUAUUCACAUUAUGUUAAGUUGUAAAGAAUUUGGCAAGAUAAUGUGAACUUUGAAGUUGGCCCUCACUUUGUCAAAAUUUUUUGUUAAAGGAACACGUUGCCUUGGAUCGGACGAGUUGGUCUAUAAAAAGCAUCUG